AUGAAGCUGCUCUACCCCACCUCCCUCAAGCUCGACACUCAGAGCCUCGAAGGGUUCAGUGUAUCGCUGUACCCAUACGACGUCAAAACCCCCAUCCCGGCUGACCACCGCGACGCCGAGAUCCUCAUCACAUGGACCAACUCGGCAGACAACCUGAAAGACGCCGCCAAACAGCUCACCAACCUCCGCUGGAUUCAGUCUCUGGCCGCGGGGCCCAACGACGUACUGAACGCGGGCUUCGACACGUCGAAAAUCACCGUCACCACCGGCUCCGGCCUCCACGACCGCACCGUGGCCGAACACGCUCUGGGCCUCCUGCUCAACGCUGCCCGUCGCUUCUUCGAGAUGCGCGACUACCAGCUGCAGAGGAAAUGGCCCGCUCACCUGGGGGGCCCGCAGCCCGACCGUCCCAAGGGCGCCUUCACGACGCUGCGUGACGCCAAUGUUCUGAUCUGGGGGUUCGGCAACAUCGCAAAGACUCUCGUCCCCCACCUGAUCGGACUGGGCGCCGUUGUUCGCGGCGUCGCUCGCCACGCCGGCGUGCGCAACGGAAUCGAGGUCUACGCCGAAGACAAGCUUGCCGAACUGCUCCCAUCCACCGACGCGCUCGUCAUGAUCCUGCCCGGCUCGGAAUCCACACGCCAUGCUCUGAACGCCGACCGUCUGAAACUGCUUCCGUCGCACGCUUGGAUUGUGAAUGUUGGUCGAGGCACCUCCGUCGACGAGCUCGCCUUGGUCGACGCCUUGGAGAAAGGCGAGGUUGGAGGUGCUGCCCUCGACGUCUUUGACAAGGAGCCGCUACCGGCUGAGUCGCCUUUGUGGACCGCGCCAAAUGUGAUUGUGAGCCCGCACGCCGCGGGAGGCCGGCCGCAAGACGCUGAGGUCUUGAUUGCUGACAACCUGAGGAGGCUUUUGGCCGGCCAGACGCUGAAGAAUGUCAUUUAG